AGAGAGCUGCAAGAGGGGCCACCAGAGGACACUGAUGCUACUGAACAAACUCUUGUGAAGCCAAGUUGGGGCUGCCGUCUGGCGGGGUUCUGCCUAAACAAGGAUAAACUCAUUGUUGGUGGUAAACUACAUGUGGAGCGCCAAGGUUGGGACGGAGCGGCAAACAUUGAUGAGUUUACCGGAGGGAAGAUAGCAUACGUGGACCUUUCGAGUCCCGUCAACCUCGGAGGUCCUUUUGACUGGGUGAUGAGCCUGGAGGUGGGCGAACACAUCCCUCAGUCAGGAGAGAAGAAUUUUGUAGACAACCUCGUUAAACAUGCGUGUGUAGGUGUGGUGUUGUCAUGGGCAGUGCUAGGACAAGGGGGACACGCCCAUGUCAACUGCCGCUCCAACGACCACGUCAGGAAGGAAAUGCUGUCCCGGGGUCUCGUGACGGACAAGGAAGCUGAGGAGAACCUGAGAGCUCUGGUCGAGGUCUCAUAUUUUAAGAACACUCUCAUGGUUUUCAAGUACCCGAAGAAGAGGUGUUGAAUUCCACCUGUUCCCAUGAACAGACUCCAUUCCUGUAUACUCAUCUCCUUUACUCACCUUUUCCCUCUUCCUAUUCCUUCUAUUCUCUGUAUCUAGUGGAACUCACCCGAGAUGAUAUCCACCAGACCUGAUAUAUACACUGAGAUGUACUCACCUAGUUGUACUCACCUAGUUGAGGUUGCAGGGGUCGAGUCCAAGCUCCUGGCCCCGCCUCUUCACUGGUCGC